AUGGAAGACGGAGCAAAGGGCUGCAAAGCCAAUUAUACUCUAUACAGCGGCAUCAUGCAGGACUGCCAGACCGAGCUGUACCGACUUCGGAACAGGCUUUUGACUAAGACAGUUCGAUUUGAACUAAUCCCAUAUCGUCUUGCCAAGCUACGACGAUGGACCGGUCAAGAGGAUGAGAAUCUUGGUGUUCUCGACGCAUCUGCAAGCCCUAGUGGGCGCGAAGCCAAGAGUGUAGGUGAAGUUCAGCCCCAAAAAGGCGACAUACAUACAGAAAUAAUUGGUGCGCCGCGGCAUCUGAGUCUCGAGCUGGUGAAAGAGGCGAUGGCGAUUUUCGAAGAGAUGAACCAAGAAGAAGAGUCCGAUAUGUUGAAUGACAAACAUUCGGAGUCUCCAAGAAGACACACCUGGUCUGACGAGACGCACCGAAUGCGGCGAGAGGAAGAGCAGGAGACACAUCGGCUGGUGCUGGCCAUGAAUUACAAGUGGCCGGUGAACAUGAGUCAGGCAAAGGUGCAAUACAAGCGGGCGAUGGAGAGGCAGGAGUGGGAGCGUGACGAAGUUGCUCUUGUGAGACACAGCUGGAGCUUCUAA